AUGAGCUAGAAAAGUAAACAAAACAUCACUCAAGUUAGUGAUUGAUAUUACGCAUAUUUAGGAAAAUAUCGCUUGAAUAUUUGAAAUUUUACUCGUUCAAGCUUGGUCCCUCUACCGCUCUACCAUUCAAAAGCAUGGCCACAGUAGAAGAUGAGCAGUAUGAAGACGAAGAAACUGAAAUUCCGUUGGGAACUGGCAGUGGCCGGAAAAGACUCUUUUCAAAAGAACUCCGGUGCAUGAUGUAUGGCUUUGGAGAUGACCAAAAUCCAUACACAGAAAGUGUUGAUCUCUUGGAAGACUUGGUCAUCGAAUACAUUACUGAAAUGACACACAAAGCGAUGGAAAUUGGUCGAACAGGACGUGUUCAGGUGGAGGACAUGGUGUUCCUCGUAAGGAAGGACGCGAGAAAGUACGCCAGGGUGAAAGAUUUGCUCACAAUGAAUGAAGAAUUGAAGAAGGCCAGAAAAGCUUUUGACGAAGUUAAAUAUGCCGGAGUGUAGUGAGAUGGGUUCAUUGAUUGUGAGACGACAAACUAUCAGUGAUUUUAAUUUGAUGCUUAAUUUUUGCGAGUGCAAAACAGCGUGUAAAAUUAUCUGGAAUUCCAAAAAUAUAAUUAUAAAUUAUGGUGGAAAACU